AUGAGUAUAGAGGAGGCAGGAGUACCGAAGCUAUAUCGCUUAAGGAGCUAUCGAAUGAAGAUAAAAGAAUUCCGUCAUGAAUUGAAAUCACAGCUCCAACUCUUGGGAUAUACAGUGAUAAUCAUAUCUCAAAUCAAAUUUGCAGGUAACAUCGUACUAUUUGUGAUACGGCUUGCGCUUCAAUCACUUUUAAAUGCACCAUACCCAACCGAUACUCGACUCCUGGCAUUCAUGAACUACUACAGGGCCCAAGCGACCGACGGAACUGAUCCGAACGUUGCACUCAGGAAGGCUUUCAAGAGAAUUGAAUUGGUCUUAAUACACACCACAUUACUGCUCAACUUCUUUGUCAUUUUCGCAGGAAUCAUAUGGCCAAUAGACUUCGAGAAGAAUUUGGAGCACUUCAAAAUGCCUGGGAUAUCACAUCUAGAAAACUACCCAUCGCCGUUUAACCAUGGAACAGGCAUAAUAGAGGGGGAAUUGAGAAGGCACUGGGUUCACCCAGUAUAUUGGAGAACGAGUGCCCUCGAGUAA